CUACUCGGAUUGUGAUAAAACGGUUGGAAGUUGCAGUGAGCUCUUGAUGGAGUGAGUCCCAAGAAGACACAAUCAUGCUUUCGGGGUUAGUUAUCGUGUGCGUAUUGUGCGUCGUGGGGACUCAAGCGGCAAAUGAACUCCAAUUGGGGAAAAUUUGUCACGAUUUGAUUUUCAUCUAUGAGUUAUCGUACAGAGAAAACUAUUGGCGUGGCAUAUUCCGAGCGGACAAAAUACGUGAUCCUUCGAAAGCGCGUAUUACUUUGCGCUUUUCAGCUCCGGCCAGAGUGUCGUUGGAAAGUGAUAAAGACGGAAGUUUACUUGCUGGCGAGGACGCUUUCCACCUUUCCUUUUCCAAGAAAAAUGAUGGAUCGUAUCGUAGUAGAUUUCGAGUUCAAGGUCGUCCAGGUGGCCAAUUACCAACUUUAGCAGCAUUGUAUGUUAACGGGGUUGAAGUUUGCAAAAAUGAGAACACACAGGUCGAGACCAGACCAAGCCCAACAGUCAGCGCCCCUGCAGCCAGUGUCCCUGUUAACGUGGGCAAUCGAAGACCCACUGUUAACGUGGGCAAUCAAAGACCCACCACUCUUUCCUGUGGCAAAAGAAUUAUCUUGGGAAAUGCACUCAUCACCAAUGGAAGCCCCUCAAAACGUGGCGACUGGCCGUGGCAUGCCGCAAUUUAUCAUGUGGACCUUGGCAGUUGGCAGUAUAAAUGUGGAGGCACCUUAAUAUCAUCGAGAAUCAUUCUGACGGCAGGACAUUGCGUUACCGAAGAUCGAAAUCAAAUCGUUGCAGAACGCAUUGUAGUUAGGCUAGGACAAUUCCAAUUGAUAGGGGAUUCAAAUAUCCAAGAAUUUCGAGUAUAUAAAGUCAUUCGACAUGAGGAUUAUAGUCCUUCAAACCUUAAAAAUGAUAUUGCAAUAAUAAAGCUUGGAACAGAAGUAGCUUUCAAUGAAUACAUCCAACCGGCAUGCCUCUGGGACAAAUCUUCGAUCGAUCUGAGUGCAAUCGUUAAUAAGGAAGGUUAUGUUGUUGGGUUCGGGUUCAAUGAGGAGGAACUUCUUUCUAAUGUCUUGUCGCAAGCUAUAUUGCCAGUAGUGUCCUUUUCGACAUGUUUGGAAAGUAACAGGGCAUACUUCGGCGAUGUUCUAACAGACAAAAAUUUUUGUGCUGGAUAUAGGAACGGCACAAGCGUAUGUAAUGGCGAUAGUGGAGGCGGAAUGUUCUUUAAAAUUAAGGAUAUUUAUCGAUUAAGAGGAAUUGUUUCACAAAGUGUUGCUAGAGAUGAUAAGAAACUUUGUGAUCCAAAGCAUUAUGCAGUUUUUACCGACUGCGCUCAAUAUUUAGAUUGGAUUGAAUCCAAUUCGAACUGAUGUGAUAAGUACUUUCCCAUAGGCUCGACGCAAAUAUAUGUACCUAUUUUAAAUUGAUAAAUUGUUCUAUUUAGUUAUUUCUUUUGUUUCCUAAAUUUACAUUUCCUGAUAGUUGAAAUUUCGACAUAUGAAUGAAAUAUCGUAUUGGAAUGGUAUUUAUCUAAGAUACAUUAACAUCAAUUCAACAAUCAA